CUCCCCCAUCUGAGGGUCCAGCAUGCAAUCACCAGCAGUGUCUCAAGUCCUUUACAAAACCCAUUCCUCCUCCUUUGCUGUAUCAUCGGCUGCAGCUGAAUCGUUUUCAAGGUGACCGUGCUGCAGGAUGUCUUCUACCCCAUCGCUGCCCCCCCCCAUCCUCACCACGCUGCCCUCCUUCUCUUCGGCCAUCCCAGGAGUCCCGACGGGGGAAUUCAAUGCCACCUCGUGCCAGGAGUGGGAGCACGCCCACCACCUCCUCUUCCAUCUGGGGAGCCUGUCCCUGCUGCUGGGGCUGGUCAUCCCAACCACCGUAGGCCUGCACAUGAUCCUGCUGCGCCUCCUCCUGAUGACAGGAUGUGGUUUCUUCAUUGUGUGGGCGACUCUGUACAGGUGCAACCUGGAUGUGAUGGUUUGGAAUGUGGUGUUUCUGGUCGUCAACUUCAUGCACUUGUUCUUCCUCCUGUACAAGCGCAGGCCGAUUAAGAUCGACAGGGAGCUGCGGUCCGUCUACAAGCGAAUGUUUGAGCCCCUCCAUGUGCGGCAGGCUCUGUUUCAGAGGCUCACGGGACAGUUCUGCACCAUCCAGACACUGAAGAAAGGCCAGGCCUACGCCGCCGAAGACAAGACGUCUGUGGACGAACGCCUCAGCAUUCUUCUCAAAGGAAAGAUGAAGGUUUCCUACCGAGGCCAUUUCCUCCACAACAUCUAUACCAAUUCAUUCAUUGACUCUCCAGAAUUCAGGUCCACUGAGAUGCACAGAGGAGAAAAGUUUCAGGUGACCAUCGUGGCAGAGGAGAACUGUAAGUUCCUGUGUUGGUCUCGAGAGAGGCUCACCUACUUCCUGGAAUCAGAUACUUUCCUCAAUGAGGUGUUCCGGUACCUGAUUGGCAAAGACAUCACCAACAAACUGUACUCUCUGAAUGACCCCACACUCAGUGACAAGGCAGUGAAGAAGAUGGAACGUCAGCCCAGCCUGUGCUCCCAACUUUCGAUGAUGCAGAUGAGGAACAGCAUGGCAAGCACCAGUGACACUGAUGAUGUCCUGAACCAGAUCCUACGAGGAGGAUCGGCUGGAUCAUCGCUCCAAUCCCCGGGGACCAAAACCUCAAAGAUGAAGCCCAUAGAAGAAGGCAUGGAGGACGACGUUUUUGAAGAAUCUGCGCCCUCCAAGUCUUGCCGUAUGCCCAGCACUUCCACUAGGGAAGUGUAGCCAGCAUAGGAAGGGAAUACACAAGAUCAAAUGCAUAUUAUGCACAGUAGGUCUGUUUAGCAACCUAACACCCAGAGCCUGAUUGAUACAUCAUCAGUCAAGCCUUUUUC